AUGAAGCUCCUCAAACUGGCCAAGAAGUGGAGGAAGCAAGCUUCCAUGAACGGCGACAACAUCAUCAUUUCACUUCCGAUCUUUAGAAGCAACAGUGGUAGGGCACGGUUGCUUCUCAAGGGCCAUUUCGCCGUGUACACGGUGGAGGAUCAGAAACGUUUCAUGGUCCCAAUGUGUUGCUUGGAGGAUCAAAUUUUCAGGCAGCUGCUGGAGAUGUCGGAGGAAGAGUUUGGGCUUCCUGGGAACGGGCCCAUUAGAUUGCCCUGUGAUGCGCUUUUCAUGGAGGGCCUGGUUUCAUGGAUCAAACGGCGGGAAGCUGCCGACCGUGAUCUGAUCAGGAAGGCGCUGAUUAUUGCUUCUUGUGUUGGUAACGGCGGUCGGUUUGAGGUGUCGUGUCCGUCGCCGUUAGUGGCGUUGGGUGAUUAUCAUCGCCGGAAACCUACCGGCGGCCAACAAUUCAUGGUCUCUAGUUAUUGA